GCAUUAGCAGGGCGCAGCGGCCCCGGGCCGCCCCGCACCGCGCCUCUGGGUCCCGCAGCCUCUGGGGGCGCCCCCGGCCCCCUCCCCCGAGCUCGGCGCUGCUCCCUCCUCCUUCACCCUCCCACAAAGAGCACGGCGGCGCUCGACCAUCCCCUUCCCUCUCCUUCCUUUCCUUCCCCUCCCCGAAAAACCGAGCGAUUCUCCUCAGCGCGGAGGCCGGGUGCCUCGGGAGGGGCCGUGCUGAGCCGUGCCGCCCGCAGCGCUACCUUAAGGGGCUGCUUGACAUCAGCCGAGGGGCCGGGCGGCGGGGGUGGGAUUUCCUGUGCUGGAGGUCAGCCGGCCCGGUUCCCCCUCCCCGCCCGCCGCCCGUGCCGGAGGCUGCCCGCGUCCUCCCGGCUCCCUGCUCCCGGCUCGGCUCCGCACAGUGAUGUGUAAGCCACAGGAUGCCCAGCAGCACCGGCAAGAGGUUUAAACCGACGAAAUACAUCCCCGUCUCCACAGCGGCCGCCUUGCUAGUGGGUUCGACUACUUUAUUUUUUGUUUUCACGUGCCCCUGGCUGACAAAAGCCAUCUCACCAGCCAUCCCAGUGUACAAUGGGCUCGUGUUCUUGUUUGUACUGGCAAACUUCAGUAUGGCAACUUUCAUGGACCCUGGAGUUUUUCCACGAGCAGAUGAAGAUGAAGAUAAAGAUGAUGACUUCCGAGCUCCACUCUACAAGAAUGUGGAGAUUAAAGGAAUCCAAGUACGGAUGAAAUGGUGUGCCACCUGCCACUUCUACCGUCCUCCACGCUGCUCUCACUGCAGCGUCUGUGACAACUGUGUGGAGGAUUUUGACCAUCACUGCCCGUGGGUCAACAAUUGCAUAGGACGGAGGAACUACCGCUAUUUUUUUCUCUUCUUGCUGUCCUUAAGUACGCACAUGGUUGGAGUAUUCACCUUUGGUCUGAUCUUCGUAUUAAACCAUAUGGAAAAGCUGGGAGCAGCUCACACCACCAUUACAAUGGCUGUCAUGUGUGUGGCUGGGUUAUUCUUUAUUCCAGUCAUUGGUCUCACUGGUUUUCAUAUUGUUCUAGUGGCCCGAGGGCGCACGACCAAUGAACAGGUGACAGGUAAAUUUCGAGGGGGAGUGAAUCCUUUUACCCGGGGAUGCUGUGGAAAUGUGGAACAUGUGCUCUGCAGCCCUUUGGCUCCCAGGUAUAUAGUCGAGCCCAAGAAGAAGCAAGCUGUGAGCGUGAAGCCUCCUUUCCUCAGACCUGAUUUAUCUGAACGACAAAUCACAGUGAAGAUCAGUGACAAUGGGAUCCAAGCCAACCUCAACCGGAGCAAGUCUAAAAUUAGCCUGGAAGGUCUGGAGGAUAAAAGUAUGGAUGUGCAGCCACCUCUCCCACCCAAAGGAGAUCAAAGCAAGUACUCUGAGCUAAAAGGGCAGCUGGGAACCAGUGAAGAAGGUGGCCUUUCACCCAAAUUGAUCAGCCCUCCUACACCUGCCAUGUACAAGUACCGGCCGGCUUUCAGCAACAAUCCCAAAGUCCACUACCAUGCUGCAGCUGAGCAGAUCACCAUGCAGGAGGGACACAGUCAAGGGGCUCUGAUAGAAGAGGAUGGCGGGAGCCUUGACUACCAGUCUGAACCAAGCCUGGACAUCCCCAGCUACCGAAAGAGCUCCCUUCACAAGACCUAUCAGUCUUCCCCACUCCAGAUAGAUUCCUUUGCCAUCAAUUCACGAUCCCUGAGCCUGAAAUCUGCUGGCAGGAGAGGGACAGACAAAGUGCCCCUUCAUCCAAUAAAGUCCGAAGGGGCGACUUCCACCCCUUACAAAAGCAUCUUUUCUCCCAAUUCUCUGUCAAACAGAAAUGGGAGUCUUUCAUAUGACAGUUUGCUAAACCCCAUGUCGCCCUCGGGGAGGAAGUGUAUCGCCCAUUCUGCAGUCAGCUCUGUCGGGUACCACUCACCAUAUUUAUCAGCCAAAAUGUGCCAUCUACGGGGGAGUGAGCUGCAACGCCAGCCACCUCAGAGCUUCAGCCCAGUGCUGGGGGGCCCAGCUCCACAUCAGCGAGACCCCUCUCCAGUCCGCUAUGACAACCUUUCCAAAACCAUUAUGGCAUCCAUCCAGGAGAGGAAGGAGAUGGAAGAGAGGGAGAAGCUCCUCCACUCACACCCUGAUUCAGUGUUUGCAGACUCAGGUGUCUAUGACACCCCUAGCUCUUACAGCCUUCAGCAAGUCAGCACACUCUCUGAAGACCCGCGCAGCAUGGCGAUGAGAUAUGGAUCUAGAGACAAUCUGAUGGCUGCUACCAGUUUUAGCACAAGGAACCCUAUACUGCAGUCCUCAGUGUCUUCACUCUCAAGUGCAAUGACAAGAGCACCAAGGACUUCCACAACCUCUCUUCAAGCUGAUUUAGCUAAUAACAAUGUCCAGUCCCAUCAAGCACUACAGGGCAGGGUGAGCAAUGGCUCCUACAAAUCACCAGGCCACCAGGUCCCAUCGUCCCCCACAGGGAUGCCUAGGUCACCCUCUUAUGGAGGCCCGAAAGCUGUUUCGUUUGUAAACACUGUGGAAAUUACAGAGGUGCAAUCAGUGGGAGCACAAAGGGAUGACAUGCAGUUGAAGACACCUCACAGUAAAAUAAAUGGACAGCCAAAAGGAAUAUCCAGGUUGGGUUCAACAUCAAGUUCCCAGGGGACACCUGUCAGCCCUGCUAGACACUCAAAUGUUAAGAAGGUGUCUGGAGUUGGUGGAACGACCUAUGAAAUUUCAGUGUAAAAUAAAAAUUAAAUAAAAAUAAAGAGCCAUCCACUCAGCCAGCCAUGAAGCUAGGAGCACUGUGAAGACUCAAAUAACAACAAAGAAGGAGCAGCAGCAGUCGGCCACUCUCCUUUUCUUGUUUUGGGUUUGUUCUGUUUUCAUCUCUAUCCUUUGGCCAAAAACCAGCUACAGCCUUAUUCUUGAGGGAAUAAAAUUGUACAGUCCAUCAGACUCUUCAUUAACCUGAUGGACGGGAACUGGCUACCACGUAACACCACAACCAAAAGAGCGGAUUUUGUUCAUGCAAGAGAGUGCUAACGCCGUUGUGCAUCUGUCUGUCCAACAAACCCAUUGUGUACCAGUUGUGCAGUGAACAAGUGAAAUGUCCAGGAUCAUUCAGUUUUUCCAUGCCCCUUCCUGCUUCUUCUGGCCAGUGGUGUGUCCAGCAGGAGUCAGAGGCCUAGCUGCUGUCUUCCUACCGAGAAGGAAAGCAGGCUCCCUGCGCUGGGCAGUCUGCGUGUAUGAGAACUGCUCUGCAUCUCACAAGAACUGCAGGUCAGGUUCCUCCUCCUGGGCAGGAGCAGGGCAGGGGCACCCUGGGCAAUGAACGCCGUCUCAUCUUUAAAAGCCUCCCUGCUCCCCUGAUCAUGGCUGGGUGCAGGAAAAAGGAUAGCAACAGCUUCUCACUGUCUGCAAUGUGCCUCCCCAUGUGUGAAAUUGUGUGUGUGCGCCCGUGUGUUUGUUUCUCAUGGAAAAGGACCGCAACACCAGUAAGGAUCUUCCACUCUCACCUCUUGCUCCCUCUGGUUUUUAAAGGCUCCUCUGACUCACAAACAAAACCAAGUGGAUAAGAAAGGAAGUGUUUGGAUGGGAACAUGUUUUAAACAGUCGUCAGCUGCUUUCCCUGCACCCUCCUUAUUACCUGUUGGAUCUAGGCAAUAACGUGGUUUACUGCCUUGCCCUGGUGCCCUCUGUGUAAUCCUGCAGCAGGGUUAUCACGAUCUGUUGAAUUUACAGUGUGUGUAACUGAGCCAAGCAUAAGUCUAAAGGAUAUAAAUUUGCUGUCUGCCGAAUGACUAGCACAUUCCCUCUGGUCUUCAAUACUGUUAGACGAAGGAUUUUUAUGUUUGGUUUUUGAGUUUUCUUUCCCCUUGGGAACAACUUUUUAAAAUAAUAUCUAUCAAAUCUAUUUAACAUUCUAAGGUUUCCUUUUCCUGUCUCGAGAAAACUACAUUUACUUUCUGGAUUUAAAGACAACUUUACUAUAAAACAAACAAACAAACAAACAAAAAAACAACAAGAAAGAGUUACAUUAUUUUUGUCAUAGAUAUCAGGACUCUGAUAACUAAUUUUGGGACAAAUGCAUUUUUUUUUCUUCUUAUCUCCUUUUCGUUCCCAUUUACUUACUGUCAAAAGUACUGAGGUCUGGACCAAUGCUAAAUAGCCAGAUCAUGUGUGCAAUUAAGAAUAUCCUGAGUGACUGUUGCCAAAGUCAGUAAAAAUGAUUAUUUAUCACUGAGCCAGUCAUCAUAUGAAACCUUGACUUUCCACCUGGUUCUCCUGGUGAAUAGUUUUGACUGGAGAGCUAAAUUGGUUGUGUUUCAGGAUAUUUGCUUCAAGGCACUAAGUCCUUUUCAGUCCUUGACUAUAAUGGAGAAGUCUCCAGAUAUCUGGUAGCAAUUCAGAGUGCAUUGAUAACACCGUACUUGUUUUCAUGUAUGUCAAGAUCAAUUAUUCCAGAAGGCAAAUGUUGACCUUAGUUUUGCCUGGUUAAAAUUUAUCUUUUGAUUUGAUAAAUCUUGACAUCCACUGCAAUACAUGCUUACUAUAUGUUCCUUUUGUAUCACAUAAUUUUUGGAGAGGAAGAUUGAAGAGAAUAUAAGAAAGUUAAUUAUCUCUAUGUGUAAAGCUCAAUGUUGUCUGAAGGGAGAAAUCUACAAAGUGAUGUGGCUGAAAUAGGCCAGUUAUGAGACAAUGAACUAGAAAUCUGUGUGCAUUUUAUGGCCUUGGUGAUAUUUUAAAUGCCUACUAUAGGGACAUUACAGAGCAGAGAAGCAAUAGUCCUUCUGUGCAGAUUUGUUCACUGGCGUGUAGAAUAUUGCCUUUAGUUUGAGGCACACAGUGCCGGAAAGAUGCUGGCAGUCUGUAUCAGGUACAGAGGGAGCAAUAUAUAUAUUAAAAGACUGGACAGGCUGGCUGAUGAGAAGAUUUAAAGGGCUAAAAAAAUGUCACUGGCUAAGCAAUGAAGUGGAAAUUGAAUAUGAUAAUUUUACAAAUAUUAGUUAAAAAAUAUAAAACCAAAGGUAAAUCAUAGAAAUCAAAGGGUUGUCACUGGUUACCAAUUGGUCUGCAUUUAGAGGGAGGAGAAAAGAUGAUGGGGAAGGGGCAGUGGAAUAGUCUUCCAAGGCAAAGUACUGGAGACUACCUAUUUCAGAGUCAAACCAUAUUCAGACAAGUCAUUAAAGAACUUUCUGUAAGAGGCGAACCUGCGGGGGCAAGGGGUUAGACCAAAUGGCCUUAUAGAUUUCUUCCAUCCUUAACUGUUACUAAUCUGCAACUCUGCCCUGAUGUUAACUCCUCAGGAAGGUGCAGUACUUCCUCAAGGACUGGAAUUCACUCUGGUGCAUAGAAUAACACAAGACUUAUCUGUUUUUAAAGUAUCACGUAUGCCUCUUGUAAGCGCUCAGAAAGAGGGGAUGAGUGACGCAGAAUUUGGGUUAGUGAUCUAAACAAGGGCACAUUUUAUCAUGUAUUUUUGAAUAUGUACAUGAAAUUCAUGCAAGCAAGGCUGAAAGUCUGUACCAAUGUAAUAUUUGAGAUUUGCAUCCCAGUGAUGCUUCACUUUAAUCAUUCUUCUCCUACAUCUAUAAAAGAAAAAGCUACUGAGGAACUUGAAGGGCCAAACAGCCUUUGAAGUUAACUACAUUAGUUCAUGAGAGAAGAAUUUCUCGGCAAGACUAAACACAGUAUUGUGUGUAUAAAGCACUAAUAUCCAGGGUUAUUUUUGAAAUAGUUCACAAGGGGCAAGGGAGGAAAGAAUGAAUGCACUGUGUCAUUACAGGUUUAAUUGUAAGGAUUAUUAUAUAUUUUGUGAGUAGUUCUAGCCACAGUUGAGACACAUCUGAUACAGUAAUAGGUUUACAAUGGUACCAAAGUCUUUUUUUUUUUUCCUUUUGAGGUUUGUAUAUAAUUCAGUGCACAUUGCCUGGAGUAAGUUACUCAAAUCUUCUGAAAGAAUAAUCUAAGCAGAACUGUUAACAGGAGAUUGCAUGCAGCAAAUCCAGCCUCAUUUCCACCCAAGGCACUGAACCUACAGCUGUUUUCUCAAAAAUGUAAGUGUCUUUUUCCACAGCUCCUAUUGUGGGACUGGGGACCUACUUAGUACAUCUAAUUUUGGAGCAGAAUUCAGCCCGUGUUAAAGCGUAGUUCUUCAAACAGUUUACAGAUUAGCAGCAGAGUUUUUCUUCUGCUUAGAUACUCAGUUUUUACAGACACUACAGGCCAAAUCUUCAGGUGGUAUAAAUUGGUGUGGCUCUGCUGAAACGAGUGUAAGUGAUGCUAAUUUACAGUAGGUGGGGAUCAGCCAUGAAAAUCCAGCACAAGUUAACACAUAUUAUAAAGUAGCUUCUUGAUUUUGUCAUGUUUAUUUCAUGUUUCAGAAGUCUUAAAACUUUUCAGCGUGUUUUUAUUUUUAGCUGUGGAUUGUAUUACUUUUUUUUAAGAACAGCAAUAGUUUUUGUUUAGUUUAUGCAUCAAUUUUCAUUGCAUAUCGCAUUUUAUUAGCCAUUCAUUCCCUGUUCAUAAACUCCCAUUUAGCCUCCAGGUUUUCAUUGUAGUACAAUCUGCCUUGAAAAGUUGGAUCUCUGUAUCUUUAAUUGUAUAAUAUAAUGAGUAUUAUGAAAUUAAAUGUAACUUACUACAUGGGUGGGAGAGAAAGGAAAUAUUUUUACUUGAAGCCUUAAUAUUUUCUUUUUUUACUGCUUUGUUUGUUGACCUCAUAGGAAAGUCUGAAUAGCAAAGACUUUGAAACUUUGGGCCAAAUACUGCACUGAUAUAUAACCAGCAUUUGGCCGCCUACAUCAAAACUGGAUGCAGACAUAACCUGAAGUGAACAAGGGAAAAUGCUUCAGGGUGGCAUGUUUUCCUGAAGAUCUUUAAUACAGUCUGAAAGAUGUGUCUGUAAGCAAGUACAUUAAAGUCCUCAAAUCUUGAAUUUUGAAGAAAGGUGAUAGUGCGAACUGCCCAAAUACCUUACAUUUGCAUUUUCUUUUUAAAUUAAAACAAAACAAAUGUAAUUACGUAGUUUGGUUAAAGUCAGCUCAAAGGGUUGCACAGAGCUGUAUUAGUAGCCACGUGCAGCAAAUGAACUGUGUUGUGUUGCUGUUCCAAAAUUGCUAACCAAGUGUAAUGUCAUGUCAACUUGGCCUAAGAUAAUCACCUCAUGGGCGUUAUAGCGGAUGUUCCUCAGAUAAUGCCUAUUCUCCUAUAAGCCUAAUGUGGAAAUUGCAAUGUGGUUUUCUUUGGACUAUAUCUGUGGUCCAGACUAGAUAUAUAUAUAUAUAUAUAUAUACAAUUUUUAUUUUAUUUUUUAUGUGGGAAAGACGAGGUCAAGGUUGCUGUCUCUGACAGUCUGGAAAGUUCAUGUCGAACCGUUUUUAUGGUCUGUAUCUCACCUGUUCUGCCACCUUGAAUUGUUGGAAUGUAUCCGUGCAGGCUUUGUGGAGCUCUGUCUGUAACCUUUUUUGUGGCUCUCGUAAUACAUAUAUAUUUUUUAAACCUU